AGAAAAUCAAAAGAUGGGAAAUACUGCUAAACAGCAAUUUGCAGAUUAAGAAUACGAUGAUGAAUGGGAGAUUUUGGAGAUAGAGAAGCCUAAGAAAAUUUUAAAUUUGAGGCAAUCAACUUUGAACAAAUCAAUUUUUACAGUGAUAGAUUAUUAGGAACCAAGUUAAUAAAAGGCAAAACCCUUGUUUUCUGGAAAUCAUCCUGAAAAAUAAACGACGAAAUAUAAGAUUUCGAAACGAAUUUAAGAACUCUAACAUAAGAUAGGAGGUGAGACACUUUUUGGUGUAAGAAAAGGACAUGGACCUAUUUAAUUAGGUGAGGAAGGUUAAUCAGAAGUAUAAUAUUAUAUAAUUCUUAGUAAAUCCUUGAAGAUAGACCUAAAUUUCCAAGAAAACAUACUAGGGCUGAAGUAAACUUAAAGAAUCUGCAAUUAGAUUGA